AUGCAGGGCAACAAGAAGGCCAUGGAUGGCUUCAGUGACUCCUCGAGCAUCGGGAGCCUGCUGGACGACGCGGACCGCGAGGUGAGCAGCCUCACAGAACGUGCCUUCCGCAGCCUGUGCGUCUGCGAGGACACGUCUUUCAGCGAGUCCCCAGACCUCACCCGCCAGGUGCUCGGGAGCCACACCCAGAGGAAGAGCAGCAUCUGGAGCCAGUUACCCUCACAGGAGCACACCAGCUGGGCGGCCACGUUCCAGCAGUUACCCAAGUAUGUGCAAGGAGAAGGGAAGUACCCUAAAGGCAGCCCCCCACUAACGCCAGCCCAGAGGAGGCUAGAGGUGCCAGUUUCUGGCCUGAGGAGCAGCAACAAGCCCCUUUCCAAAGUAUCGUCCCUAAUUAAAUCCUUUGACAGGCCAGAGAGCCAGCGUGGUGACAGCAGGCCUCCCCCGAGCAAGCUCUCCGUUCUGAAAACCACCCCCAAAUUCGCUCCUCUUCCGGAAAGCGGUGUCAACUUCUGCUUUGAUUCGGCCUUUCUGACCGUCAGGAGGGUGCCUGCCGAAGUCUCCAGCACUCACCAGAGUGGCCAUCACCCUGCCAGGAAGCACGGGGAGCAGGAGUCCCCAAAGAACCUCGAAACGGCCUGUCACAGCUCCAGCAGCUUCCUCUCAGCCCCCAACAAUGCCUCCAGCUCCUUCGAAUCCAAGUUCCACUCCCCAGCCCACAAGCCAGCCAAGGGCGAGCCCAGAAGAGGCAAGGAGUGGGCUCCCAAAGGGACCUUCCUUCACAGUGAAAACAGUGCUUUUGAGUCAUGGAGCACCCACCAACCAUGGCUGCUAAAGAGAAAGGACCCCGCGGAGGGGGCCCCAGAAAGCAAAGGGCCCAAACAUUACCAGGAUGCGCCUCUGCUUAGAGAAGCCCACCCGCCUGAGCACAAAGUGUCCCCCAGCCACAUGUGGGCAGGCUGCAGUCAGGAAGAGAGCAGACUGCCCGCUGGGGCUCUCUCCACAUCCGGACCCUGGGGCUCACGGGACCCUGGAGCCCAGGUGUUCGCCAUGGAGGGAAAAGCUCCCGGCUCCCGGACUGACCCUCAGGGGAAGCCAACUCAGCCUCCGUGGAGGAAACCAAGGACUAGCAAGGGAAACAAAGGAAGUCUACAAGAUGCUUCAGAAGAAAAGAAACAGCCCCACAAGAGGGGCCCCCCUUUGUAUGCGAAGCAGAUCCCCCAGGGACAGUUUCCUGAAGAGGAAGCUCCUGACCUGCCCGUGGACUCCAGCGAACGUUACACUCCUCCAUUUAACAUCAGUAAGCUUCUGACGCCUGUCAUACCCACCAAGCAUGUCCUGGACUCCUUGAGCAGCCAGCCAGCAGAGAGGAUCACAUCACCCCCAGGACAGCCCAAUGGGUACCAGGAGAAGGAGCCAGGUGAGGACCAGUCCCGGGACAGUUACAAAUCCAAAGCCCCUAGCCUUCUGUUCAAUCUCAAGGAUGUUCGCAAGCGGGUGAAAAGCACCUACAGUCCCAACCCUCUCUUGAAGGGCCUUAAUGAGAAGGCCAGAGAUAAGGCAGAUUUCAAGAAAGAGACUGUUAGCAAUGGAGUCAUCCUUCCUAACGGGCUUGAGGACAGUCCUGCAAGCCAGCUUUCUAAGGAGAGAACAUCAAAUGUCCCUACUGCAUCGUAUGUCAGCACCCAGAAGGACCCUAGAGCCGACCCCAGUGGGUCGUCUGUAGACAACUACCUAACUCUUAGCUCACCUCCAACUACCACCAAAGCCUCCUUCUGUGUCAAUGGGGAAGCUGCUGAGACAGACAGCUAUGAGAAGGACGAUGCCCACAGGGAGGCGAAGCUGAGCCCCACCAGGCCAGGCUGGGGCCCAGCCUCCAGCCAGCACGGCCUCCGGAAGCACCUCUCUCUGAAGCUGUGUGGCCGAGAGCCUGAGGCUGCGAAGUCUGCUGGAAUGCUCCAGACCCACCAGCUGCAGAAUGGGUUCUCCAGAUCGGUCUUCCAAGACAUAGAGCCCAAGCAAGAUGCAGGCCUGCAGAACCCAAGCUCCCAGCAGAAGCCCUCCCUGGGGCCCCUUUCUCCCGAGGAGGAAGAUGUGUUUUAUAGUGACAGCCAGUCAGACUUUAUGCCAGGCCUCCAAAGCAAGGCCAAAUUCAGCACCAGUUCUUCGGAUCAAUCCUUUGCCUCAUUCGAAGACCAGCAGAAGACAUGGUGUGCCGAGAGCCAGCGGGAAGACAGGAGGAAUGACAUGCGUGCAGGUGACAGCCAGAGGGACGAGAAGGAAGGAGCAAUGGGGAAAGAUGAGCAACAGUACUAUGCCUUAAGUAAUGGACAUGCCUGUGUGGAUGAGAACAGCAAGGGGGCGAGGCUGCAGAGAGAUGGUGAGAGUUUGUCUGGAGGGAGACCAGGGAAGGUAUCAGCAGAAGAAGCAAAUUUCAGAGGCUCUUGGGUUGGGGGCACUAAGGACACGGCCCUUUCACAUGCCAAAGACUUCACAGAAGCACCGUCUUCCACUUCAAACAAGCACAUACUGUUUACAAUUAAAGACAACACCCUCAGGGCCACCCCCGUGAUCAAGCCCAUCAUGCUGCCCCUCCUGAGGACCUUGUCCUCAGAGGACUCACCUGGCGGUGGCCACAAAGAGGCAGAAUCGCCAAGGCCAGGUGAGGAUGCUUCCCCAGAGAGCCAGGGAAUGUGCAGCACCCCAGCACUUAUCCACCCACUGCCCACUAAUCUGCAGGACACACGCUGGAGGCACUCAGCCCACCAGGGCCCAGAGGACCACCGGCAGGCACCCCGCAUGGCCAGGACAGAGACUUCCCAGCCAGCUGCAAAGGGGGAUCUCCUGUCUCCUCCACUGGCAGGAGAGGGUGAAGCAAUGAGGCCACCCCUAGAUGUGGCCGCUAACAUUGUGGGGAGCAGUGGCAGGAGGAGCUCCACAGAGCAGGUGAGGCUGGACGCUCCAAGGUGCAUCCCCAAGAUCGUUUUCCCGGAAGAUAACAUAGAAGACGAGCCGCCCCUACACCUGCUGGGAAUGUGUGGGGAAGAGCAGACGCAAGGUAUCAAAACUAACUUUUUGUCCACACCCAGAGCAGAGGCUCCGGGGAGAAGACUGGUCCCUGGUGAGAUGGAGACUUCACCCAACCCCAGCUCUCUGGAGGGAGACAGCGCAUGCUCUCCCACGACCAGCGGCGUUUGGGACGAUGCCUCCCAGGCUCCCAGCCAGCUGGGCUUGCCUCUACAAGAGGAGCGUCCCCAAACCAGCCCCUGGGCCAGCCUCGGCCCUGCGCUAGUCACCCGGCGGGAGGACCUGACCCAUGCCCUGUUGUGGGAGGAGGGCUCUGACCCCCAGCUAGAGCCAUCGGCAGAAGACCUCAGGCCUCUCUCUCCCAGAGGCUCCCUGCUGGACGUGGCUGCCAGCUCAGCAGGCCUCCCAGAGAGACAGGAGCCACCUGUGCAGCCAGAGAGGCCAGUAGGCAAGCCGCCUGCCGUCCCACCCAAAACUGAGAAGGCCCUGCGGCGGGCCAAGAAGCUGGCCAGCAAGAGGAGAAAGAUAGAUCAAGGUCAAGGGCGGCCUGGUGACCCCAGGGAGGAGAGACCCUGGCCCGAGGACUCCAGGCGGGCUGAGCAGAGGCCACUGUCCCCCAGGGACAUGCCCCGACGGCCCAGUUUCCCCUUGGUCCGGUCCCUGCCCCUGCCCAUGCACCGCCACUCCGUGUCCAGCUUCUCAGAGCACAGCAGGAGGCAGGCCCAGGGGCCUCAGUCAGCCAAGCCCCUGCCUCCAUACCCCGCCACACAGAAGGUCCUCCAAGACCCCCAGUCUGGGGAGUACUUUGUCUUUGACUUGCCACUCCAGGUGAAAAUCAAGACCUUCUACGACCCAGAGACUGGCCAGUAUGUCAGGGUCCCCAUCCCAUCCUCGGCAGAGGGCUCCCCAGAGUCACCUCCAGUGGACGCACAGGCUGACCCCCUCCUGCUGUUUCCUGGCUUCCAGCCCCUGCGCAUGACAGCCUUGACACCCCUGCGGUGCUCCUCCCAGCUCUCCGCUCCCACCUUCCUGUGGCCUAGCCCUCCCGCCACCACCAAGGGGGCCACUGUUGGCCACCAGGGUCCUCUUGAGGCUGGACUGCAGCGUGCCCCUCGGGCCUCCAGGGACUCAACCCAGAAUGCACCCAGCCAAUGCCCCAAAGGGCCUCCCCAGAGCCCAAAAGAGGAGAGCAGAGAUGCUCCAAACCUGGAGAUCAUCACCACCAAUGACUUAGAGGACUUUGCCACUGAAGGCAUUUCUUGA